AUGGCAGGUUAUAGUACGCUCCGUAGCCGAGAAAUACGGCUUCUUCGUAUAUCAUCUCUUGCCCAUUCUGACGAAAACCAUGAGAGCUGGUCAUCAUCGACUACUGCGCCUACCGGGGAGCCACUGUGCUUAUCAUUCCAUGUGGUGAGCUUGGCUCAGACGCAGAUACCGAACUUUGUGGCUCUGUCAUACGCCUGGGGUGAUGUUGAGAAAACAGUCGACGUACAAGUCUCUGGUCAUCCUGUCCGUAUAACUCGCAAUCUAUACGACAUAAUUCAGUGCCUGUCACUCGACGAAUGUCCCGACUUCUUUUGGAUCGAUGCCGUAUGCAUAAACCAAGACGAUAUUGAUGAAAGGUCUGCGCAGGUGCUCUUGAUGCGCGAAGUAUACUCCUUGGCAAUGUCCGUCCGAGUAUUCUUGUCGCUUGAAUCCGAGCCGCUCAAUUUUGGCAUGACGUUCUUGGAGCAGGUGGCUUUAAACCCCGAGAAGCACUUUAGCCCAGAACUCUCUCUAUGUAUCACAGUUGAGGGCCUGACUGUUGCUUCUGAAGAAUUACGGGAAUCCUUCAUCGCUUUCUUCGCCGCUCCUUGGUGGACACGCAUCUGGCCGGUGCAAGAGUAUGUGCUUGCUAAGGAAGUUGUGUUUCAAUGCGGACAGCGCCGGUUAGAGGGUAGCACGAUUCAAGCUGCUUUCAAAAGCCUGGUGCAUCACGAGAGAACUUGUUGCUGGGCGGCUCGGCGAGCAAUCGAUGGGAAUGCCAGGGGCUACUUGGAUAUUCCAAGCAAAAUACACGACUCAUUGACAAUAUUUCACGCCACUUUACGCCUCGAUAGUCUCUAUAAUAUGUUAAACCCGGAAGAAUAUUCAAUCUAUAACCUCUUGGAUGCCAUGGCGCUGUUCCGAACUCGGGAUUGUUCGGAUCCCCGCGAUCGAAUAUUUGGUAUGCUUGGGCUAAAAUUCAAAGACGAAACCUUAAGAAAGAACAUCGAAGUCGACUACAAAAUCCCUGAAGCUCAGCUGUACGAGUCUACCGCGUUGAAGAUGAUUGAGAACUCCGAAUCCCUGAAUGUCCUUAGUCAUGUGCUGCGAGGUUCUUUCAUCAAACAACGGAUGCAUACGCUACCGAGCUGGGUGCCUGACUGGACCGCAGAAAUGGACGCAACCUCUCAUUUAAUGUACGGGGAGCGGAUGAAGUUCAUAGACCAAUUCCAAGCCUCAGGCCCGACGAAGCCCUCAUGGAGAGCCAUAACCCCAGGCAAGAUUCGCACACAGGCUAUGAUCAUAUCUAAGAUUUCCGAAAUAGCUCCCGGCUACCCGCGAGAUGAGAGUUCCCUUCCUGGGAGAAUGGUCUUGGAAGAGUGGCGCCGACUCGCUUGCUUGCCCAAAAAUGGCAUUGAAAGUUCUUUACAUGGCGACGUAGAAUUGUCCCAACGCGACAAGGAGUUCCGGAUAUUUCUCUGCGGCUACUUGACCCUUAAUUCUUGGUCAAAUGAUGAACUGGAAAGAGCUUAUGGCAUAUGGGCCAGCUGGUUCACACACGAUGAGCCGGCAUCACUUCCCUUGGAAACGAGGAAUGACGCGAGAGGAUUCGAUAACUUGGUUCGCUUCACGAGCUCCGGACGACGUUUUUUUGUGGCUAAAAAUGGGUUUAUUGGGUUUGGACCUGAACCAAUGGAAGCUGGGGAUACUCUAGUUGUGAUUCCCGGUGGAAGGGUGCCCUACGUCCUGCGGAAUGUGAGCCACGGGACGGAUGGCCAAGAGCCCAUGAUGUUCACGUUUGUUGGUGACGCCAGUGUACAAAAUAUCAUGUUUGGAGAAGUUAUGACGUCGGAAGCGCCUGACGAAGCCCUUGAUUUGCAGGACAUCAUUCUUCUCUAA